AUGAAGAAUAGUCAACGAAUUAGUUUAUUAAUAACUUCAAAGCUUGUAGAUAAUGAUAAACAAUUUUAUAGUGUAUUGUUUACUAUUGUAAAGUCAUCUUAAAAAUGGAAAUAAUACAAAGCUGACGUUUUAGUUAUUAGUGUUAUUCCAAGUCUUAUAUCAUUAAAUAUACUGAAUGGAGAGGAAAUUGUAUCUGUAUUAUUGUUAACUGUUUAUAAUGAAUAUUUGGAUUUUAUCAAUUAAGAAAAUUAAACUCAUCUAUCCUUAGACAGCCUGCCAAUAAUGAAAAAUAAAUAUGAAAACAUUUUUAAUAAUUCAAAAAAAAGAAAAUAGUAUUAAAUCAUAACUGAAAUUACAUAAACUAAUUUAUUGGAAAUUCAUUAAAUGUUACUUGAGCUAUUUUUAAUUUACCUGAAUUAAAUGGACUAAGUGAUCUUAAAAUAAGCCAUAAGGUUGGGAUAUAUUUUUUGUGGAUCAUCAUAUACAAAUUAAGAAUUAAAAACUCUGGAAUAUCAUGGUGUAUAGGACUAGAUCUUCAAAGUUCAAAUGAGCGAUCGAUCUAUGGAAUUAUUAUUAUUCAUUGUCUCAUCUAUCAAUAUAAGGGAUGAAUCUAUAUUGCAUGUUCAUCAUCUCAUAAAUUUAAUAAGGAAAAAGGCUGCUAAUGAAUCAAGAUUUAGCGUGGCAGGAUUAGCACAAUCAGUAAAAACUAUAACGGAUGAUGUCUUUGAAGGAGUAUUUUGA